AUGGAGGAGUGGGGUGACGCAUCUACGCUUCUCAUCCUCAUCUGGUCAGCACUGGGUCCCAUCCUGGCUCCCAUGAUGCUGGUCAUAAGCUACAACAACCCGCGGCUGUUUUAUAGCUCGGCUGACAGCAAAGGACAGGAGUCAAGCUUCUUCAUGCAUUGUGAGGGCCACAGCUUUCAGAUCAAGAGCGCUUGCGAUUGGACGACGCCAGCGGUCCAAAUCUUUCCAGUGCUUGGCCUGGCGAUACCUGUGCUGCUGGCUCUCUGGAAGCUGCUGCAUAUGCGCGCGUACUAUGUGCUCAUGAGGAACCACAUCAUGCUCAGCUUCCGUGAAGGCAAGCGCCUGGGAUUCAAAUGCGGCGUGGCCCUUUCAGUGAUCUUCCUCCACGCCCUCGCGCACUUCACUUUAAUGGUCGCCUUCGGCCACCCCUGCAAUGACGCAUCAUGCCAGGGGAAGCAUAUCCUCAAUACCAGCUGGGAGGAGCUGCUGCACGACCCCAGUGCUCUUUCGAAGGACCGCUCUUUCAUCCUAGAAGCUACCAAGCUGGCAGUGCAGUACAUCGUGCCAGGCACUCUGUCCGUGGUGUUGGUGUUUUCCAUGGAUGACUUUGUAGCCGAGUUGGUGCCCAUGGGCCUCUUCUUUGCAUCCAAGCCGUGCACGCGGUACCGGGAGCUGGAGAAGUACCUACAUGUCAAGGAGGACAUCAUGAGAUCUGCUGUGAAGCAGAUCAUGGAGCAGCAGCUCGAGCCUUGUAGGCUGGAGGAGGUCUGUCAACAGCUACGGGGGAUGCUCCAGGAGCGACGGUGUCGGCAACUGGGUGACGUCGACGAAGAGGAGGAACCGUUGAUAGAGGAAGAUAGCUCCUUCCUUCUCGGUCUGCGCGAAGUGGUGUUUCUGGAGUGGUGGCCAAUUCAAAUGCUCAUUGACUUCCCCUUGGUGGAUGAGUAUAGCCACUUCUUCAAUGUCUUCAUGAUAGCGCAUCUCUUCGCAACGAAUGCCAUCCUAGGCUUCAGCACCUUCGUUAUCCUUCGGCGCGUGCGGAUCAUGGUCCAGGAGGACAUGGCAGCAGAGGAUGGGCGUUUCGCAGUCACUUUUUCCAAGGUCUACCCCCUGGUAUGGUACUUGCUCCUUGGCUCCAUCCUCGCCAUGGUCCUCUUCCGCACGAUGAAGCUGAUGGUACAGGUCUGUAAAAGGGUGGCGGGAAGCACCAAGCCCCGGCCAUCACAGCCGGCGAUGUCUCCAGAAAGCACAGACGUGCCGUAA